UCUGAAUCAGAGAAUUAAGAACUCAAACUUAGAAAUCAAAACCACCAAGUAAGAAGCAAGAACCCUAGAAUCUGAGGAGGGUUUUGAGUUUUAACACUAAAAAUCUGAUCUUGUGAACUGGGUGGGUUUUUUGAAUCGGAUCUGAAAGAAAAAUAUGAAAGAAGGGAAAGCUUCAAAGUCGAAUCAUCAAGAGCAGCAUGAANCCAGUGGUGAGAUCUGAAUCAGAGAAUUAAGAACUCAAACUUAGAAAUCAAAACCACCAAGUAAGAAGCAAGAACCCUAGAAUCUGAGGAGGGUUUUGAGUUUUAACACUAAAAAUCUGAUCUUGUGAACUGGGUGGGUUUUUUGAAUCGGAUCUGAAAGAAAAAUAUGAAAGAAGGGAAAGCUUCAAAGUCGAAUCAUCAAGAGCAGCAUGAACAGAUUUAUCACCAAAACGGUCACUUGGGUUCUUUCAAAUUCGCCAAAUUUUUUGAUUCUGAAGCUUCAUGGGACAAGGAUCAACUGGGAGAUGUAUUGCAUUGGAUAAGGCAAGUUGUUGGAUUACUCUGCGGAUUGGUUUGGGGUGCGAUUCCUUUGGUUGGAGGCAUAUGGCUACUUCUAUUUCUGGCAAUCUCCUCAGGCAUAGUAUACGGUUACUAUGCAUUGAUUCUAAAGAUCGAUGAAGAAGACUUUGGUGGUCACGCAGCUCUGCUCCAAGACGGUCUAUUUGCUUCUCUAAGCUUAUUCCUGCUUGCGUGGAUCCUGGUGUAUAGCUUAUCUAGCUUCUGAUAGACACGCAAUAUCUUGUGCUUGAGCUGCUCCGAACAAGUUUAGCAGAACGUACCUGUCAUGGUUUCUCCGAUUUAGGCUGUGCACUUCAUGCUUUUGUUUCUCUGAAGAUGGGAACUAGCAUUCGUAGAUUUUUCUUAUUUUUUGUGGUUUCCAUUUGUUUCUGUUAAGUUUUAUGUUUUCUCAUUUUGUGUAAUAAGACUGAUAGUAUUAUGCAAGAAUGUGUUUCUAAAACUAAUUGAGUUUCUCCAAAAUUUUGAAUAAAACUCCUCACUGAUA